AUGACUGCAAGUCUACAACAAUGGAGAGUUCCAGCUUGUAAAUUCUUCUCUUCUUGGUCUAGUGCAGGCACAUUGGAGUUUUCUGUGUCAAGCCAAAAGUCCAAUGCGGGUUUAUGUAGCUUCGCCCCGGCUUGGCGAUGGAAACAUCUAAAUUCUCACCGAUCAAAAAUUCAAUCACACGCUUCGGAUAUUAAGGUUUCAAUUGGAGUUCCAUUGAAUGAAAAGAAAAUGAAGAAAUCAAAGUUGCUGCAGAAUUCUAAAGGCGUGCUUUCCAGGAGCUUCAAUCCCGCCAAAUGCAAGAUCUCGUUGAAGCUGGCAGCUUCAAGGCUGAAGCUACUGAGGAAUAAGAAGGAAGUGCUAGUGAAACAGAUGAAGAGGGAAUUGGCGCAGUUGCUCGAGUCUGGCAACGUCCAGACUGCUCGAAUUAGGGUUGAACAUGUAAUUAGGGAAGAGAAGAUGAUAGCAGCAUAUGAUCUUAUAGAGAUAUACUGUGAACUUACUGUUGCUCGCAUGCCAAUCAUUGAGUCACAAAAGAACUGCCCCAUCGACCUGAAGGAAGCAAUUACUAGUUUAAUAUUUGCAUCACCAAGAUGUGGAGAUGUACCUGAACUUCUAGAUUUACGGAAGCAUUUUACAGCAAAAUAUGGAAAAGAUUUCACCACAGCAGCCAUAGAGCUUCGUCCAGAGUGUGGUGUAAGCCGCAUGUUGGUUGAGAAGUUAUCUGCAAUGGCACCUGAUGGACAGACCAAAAUUAAAAUAUUGAGUGCAAUUGCAGAGGAGCACAACGUGAAAUGGGAUCCUAAUUCAUUUGGAGAGAAAGAUGGGACGCCUCCCAGUGACUUGCUGAAUGGACCAAGUACAUUUGAAAAAAACAGUAAAAUAUAUGGUGAACCUCCUCGUUUUGAAGCUCCACAUAGCCAAUCUCCACCUGUUGAUAAUAAGAUGCAUAGUUCACCAUUGAACUUCUCAGAGCAGGAUCCUAGAUCCUCACUGGAAACACAAAACUCCCCUGCUUCCCAAAGUUCUGGUUUCAGCUCAACACUCAAAUCGGAAGUGAGGCCUCCAGCAUUACGUGAUGAGAGGGUACAAUCAAUACACAAGGAUGAAAAUGCUUUCUCUAAGCAGAGAUGGAAUAUGGAGUUCAAGGAUGCUACUUCUGCAGCUCAGGCAGCCGCUGACUCUGCAGAACUUGCAAGUAUAGCCGCUAGAGCUGCUGCAGAACUUUCAAGCCCUGGCAGGAUUAUGAAACAGUAUUCCACAGAAUCACACAAGUCUGACGUUCAUAUUUCAAGAAACGAUAGACCUGAAAAGUCCACUUCACAAUUGAGCAGUGAAAAUUUUCCGGACUAUUCUCCUAACAUGUCUUCUGGACAUAGUAGGCUACAGAAUGAUGACGUAGACCAGGUUGGACAUAAUUAUUUGAAGACAGCUGCUGGAAGAUUCUCUGAGGAUGGUUAUGGUAGUACAAAGAGAUUCAGUCAGUCCGCUUCUUUAAGAUCUGAAACUUCAACUGAUGACUCAUUGGAUCAUGACAUCGAAGCUGUAGAGGAUGAAAUGUAUAAGAAGGAGACCAAUGAAGGUGAAUUGAGUAUGAUGAAACAGUCGUCUGAAAUGGGUAUGAAGAAACAGUCUAUCAAUGACGCUGAGAGUGCAAAUGGGUGGCAAGAGAAAUCUGAGAAUUUCUCAGAAGACAGGAUUAGGAAACAACCCAGUCAUAUCUCUUCCCGUUCACAUUCACACAAUUUCAGUGAUGAGAACAUUUUUGCAAAUUCUGACAAGAAACAGUCUUUCUAUGAUGCUGACAGUACAAAUGAGUGGCAAGAGAAAUCUGAGGAUUUCCCAGAAGAAAGAAUUAGGAAACAACCUAGUCAUAUCGCUUCCCAUUCCCAUUCUAACAUUUUCAGUGACCAGAACAAUUUCGCAAACUCUGAACACCAAAAAUUUGGAUAUGCUACUGCUGAGGAUCCUUCGGUGGGUAUUGGCAAGGGAAGAUUUGAUCAAGAUGUGUCACAGACAAGUCCUUAUGAUCUUACUUCUGCAGUUUUUGACAAAUCUGAUUCAGAUAGUGAUGAGUAUGGGUAUAAUAUGGGUCGCAAGUAUGAUGAGCCAGAGCUGGAGCCGGAAGUUUAUUUUUCAUCACCAGGCAAGAAAUCACCUAAGCACUCUCCUAUAAAACAAGAUGCUUGGAGCCCUAGAACUAGCUCAAUCAAAUUAGUUGAGAAUUCCACUUCAUUACUAUUUUCCGCAGAAGGGCACACGUUCCCUGAGUUUUCUGAUAUUUUUGUGCCUGUUACCUUUGAUGCUUCUGAUGACCCAGAUUCUGACGGUGAUGAACAUAUGGAUAAGUUUGAUCUUAUUGGGACAAAAGAUUCUAAAAAUCCUCCAAGUAGACAAAAUAAAAGUCCUCAAUCAGUAAGAUCAUCAUUUAAGGAGAAAGGAUAUUCAGGAUCUGACAGAAAGCAACCGUCACUGUUCUCUGAUGAUGAAGUCAAGUCCGAGGAAGUGCAUGGGGAAAACAGCCAAGGAACCAAAUUUGAUGCUGAUUCUCCAAAAAUAUUUAGUUCUGGGAAGUCUUUUGCUAAUCUGCCUUCUACAGGACCCGAAAAAUUUCAAUUGGAAUCUGACAAUAUUGGCAGUGAAUUGAAUUCAGAGAGUGGGACUGGGCUGAAUUUUGGAAAGCUCACUGGUGGAUUUCGUCACAAGGGUAAUAACCCUCCCCCUUACUUGAAGAGUCGAUUGGAUAAUCCAUUAUCAUUGAAGAUAACGGCUGAGGAGACUGUUCCUGAAGCUGCUGCUUUCCCCACUGUCGAGAGUUCUAGGUUAAGCACAACGUUAGAUGAUAAGAAAAGCAUGAGAGGACUUCAUCCCCACCCUGAUAUGGAUACUGACAGUUCCGAGGAAGAAAUGUCUCAAAAGGAGACGUCAGGUCCCCGGCAAGAAUCAUAUAUUAAUACUGACAGUUCCGAGGAAGAAAUGUCUCAAAAGGAGACAUCAGGUCUCCGGCGAGUAUCAUAUAUUAAUGCUGUAGGCAAUGCAGUUGAGAAAAAGUCAGGUUUUGGGGCUCCAGCUUCGGUUUUUGGUUCUGAUAAUAAUGAUUCGGAUGAUGAUAUUCCAAAACAAUCCCUCACUAAGAAAAGCCAUUUGCGAACUGGAAUUUCUCGGAGGACAAAAGCUUCUUAUCCUAAGACUCGGCCUGAUUCUGAAUCUGGAAACGGAAGGAAACUCUUGACCUCUUCCAGUGCUGAAACUCCACAAGAAUCUGUGUCCCAAACAAGGAACUCCCAUAAGAGUGAAAAUCCCGAGCAGCCCACUGCAGCAAAAGUGAGUUCUAAGCCCACCUCUGCAAAAGUGUCUUCUAAGCCAAUGAACUCGAGUUUUUCCAUGGCUCAUGAGCAUCCUACCCAAGCGAAACCAACUUCUACUACAAUGCAGGAGUUGAAGAUCUCUCAGAAGUCAUCUGAAGUAGAACAAUCAUCUAGGCCUAAGCCAAAGAAAGAGUCAUUGGAGAGCAGUGAAAAUCCAAAACCAACAUCGGGUAAGACUUCUUCAGAUAAUGAAGACAAUGCUAAGAUAGCUAGUCAUGUUCAUCCAAAACUCCCCGACUAUGAUAUUUUAGCUUCCAAAUUACAAUCUCAUCGGCAGAAUCGUCAAUGA